CUUCAGAGAUUUCGGGCGGAAAAGCAACUUGCACUCGUCUCACCAUGCUCCGCCGUUCCGUCCUUGCCCUCAAUGUGCGCGCACUUCACACCUCAGCGCUGCGCUUCGCCGAAAAGUCUGCGCUCGAGGUUCGCCUUCGCGACUCGCUCAAGGACGCGAUGAAGGCGCGCGACAAGGCGGCCGUCUCGACGCUCAAGGCCAUAAUCGCUGAUGUGACGUACGUCGUCAAGAGCGGCUCGACGCCCAACGACCCCGCGACGCAGGAGACGGUCGUCAACACGAUCCGCAAGGGGAUCGCGAAGCGCCGCGAGGCCGCCGAGUCGUAUGCGCCAGGCGCGCCCGGCGCCAGUGAGGAGCACUACGCCAACUUUAACAACGAGAUCGCCCUGCUCGAGAAGUACAUGCCGGAAGCGCCGACGCCCGAGGCGGUGCAGAAGAUCAUUGACGAGAUCGUCGCUUCACUCGAGACGCGCAACAAGGGUCAGACGGGGAGUGUCAUGAAGGCGCUCUGGGAACGGUUGGGGGAGGCGCGGGCCGCCGUCGACAAGAAGGACGUGGCGGCGCGCGUCGCCAAGGCUCUGCAGUAGUAUGCCAGAUCAUGUAGCAUGUAUCAUUUCCCCUCUCAUCCACGGCACCAAAACAAGUGUCUCUUAUUUUACCCAUUGUUGCGAGCAUUGCGCCCUCCUGCGCGCGUAGCCACUAUGCAUCUAAUUGUACAGGGGG